AUGAGAAAAAUCUCAGACUCUUUGAUUAAUACAUUACCCAGGGAUUUUCACAGCUACGAUGCACCUGACCGAAUCUGCGGUCUCGUAGAUGCGAGGAUGGUUGUCGCUUCUGCGGGCUGGCUUACUUCUGUAGCAAGAGUCCGCUUCUGCGGACUUGCUUCUACGAAGAAGUUGUCCGCUUCUGCAACGAGGCCAGGCUUCUCCCUUUCCGCUUAUGCGAGAAAAUGGACUAACCAACCAAAGUUACUUGAGCGCCAGGCAGCCAGCUUUGAUGCACUUCAAGCACACAACCAUUAUAAAUUUUCUGUAGUUUGGCUUCCUGUUUGUCCUCAAUGGCGAACGCUUCCACGAAUCUUGAACACCAACCUCCUCUCUGCUAAUAGGCUUGAUGCAAAUCAAUGUCUAAGAUCUCAAAAGGUGAAAGAAUUACUUGCUUAUUGUGCAACAUGUAGCCAAGAAGGUGAAGUUGUGGAUGUAGGUCAAGUAGCUUUCAAGAAUUCUCUAAACUUGUUGUCCAACACCCUUUUCUCUAAGGACUUGGCUGACCCCUUUUCGGAUUCAAAGGUAGAGCUCAAGGAGGUGAUUUGGAGCAUCACGACUGAGGUUGGGAAGCCUAACCUAGUUGAUAUUUUCUCCAUAUUUGAAAAGAUUGAUCCUCAAGGGAUAAGGCGUCGCACUACUAUAUAUUUUGGUAAGUUGUUUAAGCUUUUUAAUGAGUUGAUCAAUGAGCGAUGGGAGAAAAAGAGAAGGAGGCGCGAUGAAAAGAGUGAUGUUUUGGAAGCGCUCCUCGACAUCAUUGCAGAAAAUCCUGAAGAGAUUGAUCAGAAUUACAUCAAGUCCAUGUUCCUGGUUAUAAAUCAUAGGCGGAUCCAGGAUUUGAAGGUCGCGGGUGCACUUUGGAUUCAACCAAAAUAUUCUUGGUAUAUAGGAUAUCUACUAAACUAGUGUAUCACUAUU